AUGGCGAGUGCAGCAAGGCAGCGGCUUGUAGGCUACGUGCCUCAAAGCCUGUAUCUGGAAUUCGAUUUGGCUAUCAAGAUCCGGCCCGCGUCUGCCGGUACCAACCAUGCCUCCGAAGUCCUGGAGUCCACGGCCAGGCCAGCCGCGAUCCCUGAAUCGUUCCGGCGGACGAUGGACAGCAACUUCGCCCUGGCCAAGGGGGCUCUUCUCGCCCUUCUUGAUUCCAAGGGCGUUGCUGUCCUCGACGCGGAGCGGUUCAGGGGUCCCGGCUACCGGCACUACCUCGCCCAGAAGCGGGAGCGGUGCGUCGCAGCUUCUGCCGGCCUGGUGUGCGGAGAGCCGGUCCAGGAUCGCUUCUGGCAGAUCCGUGCAGGCCCAACCACUGAUAUCUGCCCGCCGCCCACGACGAUCUCGGCCCCUGACAGUGCCUCUGACCCCGUGGCGUACAGUCUCGACUAUCCGUACACCAGCCUCAUCAUCCGAUCACCAGUCAUGGACUGCUACGUGUUGGACCAGAAAGAUGACUCGCCCUUCAUCCAAGAGCUGGCUACCUCACCCGACAGCUGGACGGGACGAGAGGCAGGAGGAAGGUGCACAUGGAAGGAGGUGCAAUAUGUUCUGCAUCAGCUGAACUCGUGCUGUCUUGAGGACGCGGGCCGCUUCUUCACUAUAGUCGCUCCACAGACCGGCGUGCGUGACAACGGCACCAACACGAGCCUGCGUAUCAUGCUGGAGUGCGGCCGCAUGCCGGCUGAAAGCCUGUUCCAGAAUCCGUUUACUGAGUUGGGCCACGGAGAUAUGAGCUUGCUGCAGGCGAAAAGGAUCGCCCUGUUCAUGUGGUUCUUUGAGAGCCACCUGCACACGCUAUGCCAUCCACACCAGGCUGUCAUUCGCGGGCAGUCGGUCUUGUUCCCUCUCUGGGCACGCCACGGGCCGUUGAGCCGUCCGCUUUCUCACUUGUCGCUCGCCGCCCUGGAGGGUGCCAGAAUGGCUGUGCCGGUCCUUGGCCUAGUCCUGCAUGGGUUGUUGCAGUACGCGCCUCGCACCAUGUUCGACCACAUGCCCGAGUACAAGAAGCUGUCAAAGCUGUGGGAAGUUCUCCGGCCAAUGGACCUGAACGAGCAACUGCGCGUUGACUGCACCGUGGAUCACCGCGGAAGCCCUAUCAUCAGCACAGUGCUUAGCGCUGUCAACUGCCCGGUGCUCCGAUUCGAUGUCAACCAUGAGCGCGACAUUGACCACAAGGAAGUCAAAGUGCCUUUUGUCGCCAUCGGUGGCUUCCAGUGCGUCUCGUUUGACGUGUUUCUGUUCCGAGCUGCCGCACGACUGGCUCGUUGCUGUGUGAGGGCGUCUCGGCUGGAGCGGGAGAAUUUCCAGAGGCUCCUGGCUGGAAUUCAGGAGACGCCGCCGGAAGACACGAUGGAGGUAAUCGAUUUCUUGGGUGAAGAUGUGGAUUUGUGGAAGAAGUUUAUAGAGUCGUACGCAGGCUAUUGGACCAGCCUCUGA